CUGGCAGUCACUCCUCUCCUCCCCCGAAGUCACUCCUCUCCCACCGCGUCACUCCUCCCCACCGUCCUCCUCGCCUCCGUCCUCCUCCCCGCCGUCCUCCGCCCAUCCGUCCUCCUCCCCGUCGUCCUCCUCCCCUCCGUCCUUAUCCCAUCCGUCCUCUCGUCCACCUCGACCUCGCCCCUGUUCCACCUUGCUUCGCCUCGCUGCCUUCUUCCCUCAUGGAUCUGUGGAGCUGCACCUCGCCCUCACCUCGCCUCGCGCUCCACCUUGAGCAUUUGGUGGCUGAAAAAGCUUCCAUUUUUGACACAUCCGGUGGCAGAAGUUCCAGAUCAGGCGGUGGAGUUGAAGAUCCGGUGGCGGUGAAGCUCGAUCCAGUGGCGCCGUUGCGGUGGCGAUGCAAUCGUCCGCGACCUCCAGCGUGUCCUCCGGCGCUUCCUGGUGCUCCUCCUCGAUGCCCGUGGUGUUGGCAUGAAGUGGUGACCUCCUCCUCGCCGUGCAUGGACGACGGCGGUGCUCUCUCUGCCGCAACCGCGACAGAGCUGUGUUCUGCAUCGGCUACAACCACUGUUGGUAUGUUUUGGUUACUGAUGGUGCUGGUGUUGCUGCUGGUGGUGGUGGUGGUGGUGGUGUUCAUGGCUGCUGUUGCUAUUGCAGAUCAUUUGGUUGAAGGUGAAAGGAUACAUCAAGACCAUUUGAAGGUGAAAGGAUACAUCAAGGCCAUUUGAAGGUGAAAAUUGCUUCCUUCGCUGCCGGUAAUCUACCUUUACUAAUUUAUAGACAUAUUUCCAUGAAUGACUUUAACAAGCAUGUCCAAAUCACAAAUUACAACUGUUCUCUUGCUUCCGUCGUGUACUCAUCUGUCAUGUCUAGUGUAAGGAAUGAAAUAAUCCAGUUGUCAAAUUCUCCCACAUGUUCAUGCAAGGUGCAGACAAGCAAUUUGUAUUGUGGUUGUAUCCUUCUAUAUGUUCUUCCUGAUGCCCAGAUGGUCAGCAUGUAUUCUUUCAGUAAUGUCUGAGCUGCAGAAUUCAAAUUAGCCUUCAUAUUUCUCUCUUUUAUCUGCAGGGCAUUGUGUUAAACUAAGAGUAGAAUGAACUUGAAUGGUGCUGAUUUCUGGUUUUUAACAUUUUUGCACCCGUCUGGCUACACAUGUCUUUAUAAAGUUGCUGAUUUCUGGUUUUCGUGUUUGAGAAUAACAUCAAUGUUCAUACUCCAGAAAAAAGGAACCAUAGGCUCUUUGAAAAUUGUUGUAACAGAUCCACUUUUUGAUUGCCGAGCAAACAUAAAUUUGACUAUCACUCAUUCUUGAGGAAAUCGUUAACUGGUAGCUGCUCGGUUGGCUGGCGAGUAGGGGAUUAAUAGGCUAAUCAGCAAGUUAAUCGGUCAUUUAAUCAAUUAAUUGGACGAUUUAUCAGUUUAUCGGCUACUCGGUGACCCCAUGAGUAGGGAUUAACCGACAAGUUAACUGGUUAAUCGGACGAAUUCUUGAACAGGGCUAUCACUAUACCAGCCACUUGUCUUGUCAAUCCUUGUUCAACUUGCAUCUGAAUUAGGCAUGCAACCAUUUUUUCAUGUUAGGGAAAGUUUGAAUACCUCUAGAAUUGAGCUACUGCUGGAAUCAUCAAAUUGCUUCUAAAUUUGCACAAGAAGAAUUGCAGGUGUGGCCGAGGAGAAGCAGCAGGAGCCUGGAGCCUGGAGUUCAGCAGCAGCCUGGACCCUGGAGUGUGGUGGAGGUGCGGUGAAUUGCAGGGUCCGUGGGGCAAGGGGAGCAGGAGCUCCACCGGCGACAGGGGUACAAGGAGCUCUGGUGAGCAGAGCCUGGAGUUCGAGUAGGAUCCUGGCGGGGAGGGGCUCCAACGUGCAGCGGGACCUUGAGGGAGCUUGAGGAGGGAGCUUGAGGAGGGAGCUCCACCGGCGGCAGGGGAGAAGGACCUCCGGCGAGCAGAUCCUGGAGUGCGAGCUUGAGGGCCUUGAGCUCCUUGAGCGCCUUGAGCGCGAGCAGCUUGAGGAGGGAGAACUGAGGGGCGCCAGCAGGAGCUUGAGGUGAGCUCGCUGGAAGAGGAGGUGCUGGCGAGAUCCUACCCCGGCGAGGUGCUGGGGAUCGCGAGGGGGCUGGGGAGCUUGAAGUCAGAAUUUAAAAUGUACUGGACUGUAGUGUAAAAUUGACAUUAGUGCAAAAUAUUUCUCUCCUGCGUCACUUAAUUCGCGACGGAGGGAGUAGUAUGUUUUAGACCUCAGUUUUGAUUGGGGGCAAAAUGUUAGCAACUUAACAUGCGCGAUUGAGAGAAACCGGGAACACAUGGAUAAGAAUCUUGACGUUCACACUAACUUGCUUGACUAGAAGUACCUGUUCCGCCAGGUGGUAUUGUUUUAUCUUUUAUCCAUGCAUUAUUAGGGCUUUUUCUUUUGAUUGCA